AUGGAGACCAAAUUUCGAUCUGUGGGAAGCCAAGGUUCAGAGAAGAUUGCCGUGUGGGUUCAUAUACCACUACUCCUGUUACAAUUCUUUAAUAUAGAGAGCUUACGAAUGACUGGAAAAUUGAUGGGAAGAACGCUGAAAAUCGACAUGAUCACGCAUACAAGUGAGAGGGAAAGAUUUGCCUGCAUCUGCGUCGAACUAGACCUCGAGAAAAAGCUUAAGUCAUCCAUUAGUGUCUUCGUCUUCAAGCCGAAAGAACCUAUUAUCAUCAUACAACCAGUGAAGCUUGAAAGGUUGGAUUUUGUAGCAUCCCCUGAUUUAAAAUUAGAACUGAAUGUGACAUUAGGCGUAGUAGCCACAGUGAAGAAUCGAAACCAUGGAAGUUUUACUUACCAGGACAGUGCAGCUAACAGUAUCUAUGGAGGAAGUUUAGUGGGAGAAGCUCCGAUCAAUGGUGACACAGUGCCAGAUCAUGGAGAGCUUAAUGUGAGCACAAGUUUGGCAGUUCAGGCAGAUGAAUUGUUCAAGAAUGGGAAUUUUCUUGAUGAUUAUUUUAAUAAAGGGGUUUUUGAAUUUACAUCAGCAAACACUUUACAAGGUAAAGUUAAGAUCUUGAAGAUCAUCAAGAAGAAAGCCACAAGUUUGAGCACCUGUUAUAUCUCUGUGUUCGUCAAGACCAACACUAUCAACUCUACCUGUCAAAAUAAACUGGAAUUUUAA